GCCGCCCUGGAGGCAGCUGGCGACCUCCAGCAGGCCGCCAAGGAUUUGGCGGGUGAGCGCGAGGCGGAGCGCCAGCGCGCCGCCGCGAGGGGGGGGGGCGGCCCCCCCUCGCCGCCGCCCCUCGGCCCGCUGGACGACGCGUCGAGGCAGGACGCUUCGGACCACUUCGGCUCGAACACCUUCCGCUUGCUGGAGGUCCGACGGUGCUUGGAGAGGUGCUUGGCACUAGCCCGGCUGCUGCAGCGCGGAGCGGCAACCAGUGAAGUGUUACCAGGCGGCGCCGCGCCGGCGCCGCCGGCGCUGGAGCCCGGCGGCCGGGCCUCGGUGGUGG